AUGUCAGAAGAAACAAUUACAUUAGGUAGAUAUUUAUUCGAAAGAUUAAAUCAAAAACCAAUAAAUAUUAAAAAUAUUUUCGGAGUACCAGGAGAUUUCAAUUUAGCUUUAUUAGAUAAAGUUUAUGAAGUAGAGGGUAUGAAAUGGGUUGGAAGUGUUAAUGAAUUAAAUGCUGGUUAUGCAACAGAUGGAUAUUCAAGAGUGAGAAAUGGUCUUACCCCUGAAGGUUCAGCAAUUGGUGCUGUUGUCACAACAUUUGGUGUAGGUGAAUUAUCAGCAGUCAAUGCCAUUGCAGGUUCAUAUUCCGAACAUGUUGGUUUAGUUCAUAUUGUUGGUACACCAUCAGUUGAUGCUCAAGCAAAUGAAUUAUUAUUACAUCAUACUUUAGGUAAUGGGGAUUUUACAGUUUUCCAUAAAAUUGCAUCAUUUAUAAGUGCUACAACUGCUGCAUUAAAAGAUCCAAACGAAGCACCAAAAGAAAUUGAUAGAGUUAUAGAAUCAGCUUUCAUUAAUCAAAGACCAACUUAUUUAGCAUUCCCAUCUAAUUUAUUUAAUGCUAAAGUACCAAAAAAAUUAUUAGAUAAACCAUUAAAUUUAACUCCACCACCAAAUAAUGAAGAAAUACAAACUGAAGUUUUAGGUGAAAUUUUAUCAUUAAUUUCAAAAGCUAAAAAUCCUGUAAUUAUUGUUGAUGCGUGUUGUGCAAGACAUAAUGCUACUUAUGAAGCUAAUAAAUUAAUUCAAUUAACUAAAUUCAAAUUUGCUAUUACUCCAAUGGCAAAAGGUUCAAGAGAUAUUGAUGAAAGCGAUCCAAAAUUUGUUGGUGUUUAUUUGGGAGAUUUAUCAUAUCCAGAAACCAAAAAAUUGGUUGAAGAAUCUGAUUUAGUUUUAUCAUUGGGUGCUGUUUUAUCUGAUUUCAAUACUGGUGCUUUUUCAUAUGCUUUACCUUCUUCAAAAGUUGUUGAAUUUCAUUCAGAUUAUACUAAAAUUAAAAAUGCUCAAUAUCCAAAAAUUAGAAUGAAAGAAUUAGUUGGAAAAUUAGUUGAAUCACCAGAAUUGAAAAAAUUUGUUGAAAGUUCAACUCCAAAAACAAAUGAUUGGGAACAAUUACCAGCUGUUAAAUUAGCAGAUGAUCAUAAAAUCACUCAAGCUUGGCUUUGGUCUAAUUUAAGUUCUUGGUUAAAAGAUGGUGAUGUUGUAAUAAGUGAAACAGGUACAUCAAAUUUUGGUAUAAUUCAAACUAAAUUUCCUAAAAAUGUAAUUGGUAUUUCUCAAGUACUUUGGGGUUCAAUUGGUUAUUCUUUACCUAGUGCUCAAGGUGCUGCCACAGCUAUUCAAGAAAUUGACCCAAAAAGAAGAGUAAUCUUAUUUGUUGGUGACGGUUCAUUACAAUUAACAGUACAGGAAAUUUCAACAAUGGCAAGAAAUAAUAAUAAUCUUUAUAUAUUUGUUUUAAAUAAUAAUGGUUUUACAAUUGAAAGAUUUAUUCAUGGUAAAACUGCUCAAUAUAAUGAUAUUCAAGAAUGGGAAUAUACAGAUUUAUUAAAAACUUUUAAAGCACCAGAUUUUAAUACAUAUAAAGUUGGAAAAGUUGGUGAAAUUUCAAAAUUAUUUAAAGAUGAAGAAUUUAAUAAAAAUGAUAAAAUAAGAUUAGUUGAAAUCAAAUUGGAUACUUUAGAUGCUCCAGAAAAUUUAAUUAAACAAGCUGAAAUGUCAUCAAAAGUUAAUGAUAAAUAA